AUGUUGGUGGAUAAGGUAGAGGCUACGGCCGUGCCAGUCAGGGACAACGAUGGCCAUCAAAGCGAUGAAGAGUCGCUGCUCCACAAGGUGCUGCGAGCUGGCCGCAUUGAGGAGCGAGGCAUCCUGCCGGUACCAGCUGAAGAGCGCACUUCAACACGGUUCUUUAACAUCUUCACCGUCUGGUUCUCCAUUAAUGCAAACAUCCUUGGCAUCACCUUUGGCAUGCUGGGGCCCUUGUCAUAUAAUCUUAGCCUGAGGGACUCAUCUCUCGUGAUUCUGUUUUUCUGCAUGCUGUCGACUGUACCCCCGGCAUUCCUUGCCAUCUUGGGUCCCAAGACCGGCAUGAGACAGAUGAUACAGGCUCGCUAUAGCUUUGGCCGAUACAUCGUGUCAUUACCGGUGCUGCUCAACUUGGCCAGCAUGACUGGCUUCACUGUCAUCAUCUGCAUCACCGGCGGACAGUGCAUCUCUGCCAUCUCAGACGGGCGUGUCAGCAUCAACGUAGGCAUCAUCAUCAUCGCAGUGCUGUCUCUGCUGGUGUCGUUUUGCGGCUUUCGAAUUCUGCAUAUAUACGAGACGUACGCAUUCAUCCCGGCCAUCAUCAGCGUCGUCAUUGCCACUGGCUGCGCUGGCUCAGGCCUCAAGAAGCAAGCCACCCCCGCGGAGCCGGCUACGGCUGCAGAUAUCCUCAACUUUGGCAUGAUCGUCGCCAGCUACCAAAUUCCUUGGGCCGCUUUAGCGAGCGACUUCACCACUUAUUUUGAUCCCAAGGUUCCAUCAUGGAGAGUUUUUGCCUACUCUUACUGGGGUCUCCUCACGCCCACCGUGCUGCUCAUGAUCCUUGGAGCAGCCGUUGCUGGGGCGAUUCCCAACAACCCAGAGUGGCAGGAUGCAUUUGACAACUACUCCGUCGGCGGUGCCCUUGCCGCGAUGCUGUCCAGCGCGGGGAACUUUGGCAAGUUCAUCGUGGUUGUGCUGGCGCUCACCCUGCUGGGAAACACCUGUGGAACGUUUUACGCAAUCACGCUCAACUUCCAGACCUUGGCCCCGUGGCUGUUCAAGGUCCCCCGAUACCUGUUUGCCGUGGUCAUCACCGCCAUCAUCAUUGCCGUGGCCAUCACCGCCGUGGACAACUUCUUCGAGAGUCUGGAGAACUUUGUGUCUCUGAUUGGCUACUGGUCCGCCGCUUUUGUCGGAAUCGUCAUCGUGGAGCACAUUGUGUUCCGUCGCCAAGACUAUAGCUCGUACGACCACGCCAUCUGGAGCGACGCGAAGAAGCUUCCCUUGGGCGUUGCAGCUCUGCUGAGCGGCAUCCUGUGCUUUGGAAUGGUUGUCCCGUGUAUGGACCAGGUUUGGUGGCAGGGCCCUAUAGCGAAGACAACGGGCGAUAUUGGCUUUGAGAUGGCGUUUGUCGUGGCUUCGUUGCUCUACGUGCCGCUUCGCUAUGCCGAGAUCCGGCUUACGGGCAGGUAA